GUUCUGAUUCCGUCAGUAAUAAAUUGAAACAACCCGUCAAACAUUCUUUCUUACUGACUUAUAAAAGGCAUCCCUACUCACCUUGUGAUCACGCAAUCCAUUUAUUGUAUAUCAUCUCAUACUCAGAUUGAGCAAUCUUCUUCACCUAUCAAACCCCAAAAACCUUCUUUCUUGCAUCAUUGCAGAAAACAGCUAGUCUAGACGACUAAAAAAAGACAUCUUGAACUUUUCAGCUCGCCUCAAUCCAGCAAUCAUGUCAGCAGCCAUCACUCUGACCCUCCCCGGAGAUUACGGCUACGUCCUCCUGGCCGCUGCCUCGUCCUUUUUCCUCCAGACGUACCACAUGGUACUGUCGUCUAAGGCCCGCAAGGAAUCAGGGUUGGCGUACCCCAUCGCCUACGCCGAAGCUCAAGUCGCGGCCAAGGACCCCAAGGCAUUUGCCUUCAACUGCGCCCAACGGGCUCAGACCAACUUUACCGAGAACCUCACACCUUUCCUCGGUGCCCUGCUCAUCUCAGGCCUGAAGUACCCCAUCCCAAGCGCCGGGCUCGGCGCCGGCUGGGUUGUUUCCCGCAUCAUCUACGCCAGCGGCUACACUUCUUUCGGCCCCAAGGGUCGUGGAAUCGGCUUCAUCGGCUCCGCCUUGGCUGACCUGUCCCUGAAGUUCAUGGCAUUCUACGCCGCUUACAGCUUGUCGUUUGGUCAGUGAUUUCUCUGUUGCUACGAGUAACAGCAGACCGGUCCAGUAUUUUAGUUGUGCACCUUUAGGUGCAAUUUGCAUCAUCGUAACUCGGAUUUUCGAUGUAUUCAGGAGUAAUGAUAGACAAAACAGAAAAUCAGAUCAUCAAGUCAAAUUCCGGGCAUUUCCAAGGGUUCACACGAGUGUUACACCAUACGUUUUGCUGCUCAGCCCGUGUUUCUCUCCGUUGGCGGCUGCCACUCCAAUUUCAGUCCCUCAAAAACCCUCCUUUCGGCAGUGAGCAUAUCUGGCGCCGGCACGCCAUCUCUGCUCUCCAGGUCCACCCACCGGCCAUCGGCCCGUGACCUGAUCCCACUGCUGUCGAACUUGAGAUUCAACUUUUCCUUGCAGUACUUGCGCAUAUCUCGCUGGAAGGUGGUCCCGCUAGUCCAGCCGAGGACAGCACAGCCUGCCGUCUUCCAGGGGCUGAUGAUGAUGUCCACCUGCCGGUGGGGAUUUGGAUUCUUCUUAGCACCUGGCUUUGGUUCCUGCCACACCACCAGAGCCUUGUCUAACGUGUCAAAGCCUGAACCGGGCGGCUUGGGAGCACUACCCUUCCAAGCCACAGGC